AUGGAUGAACUGGCCUUUUUCUUCUCUGAUGAUUUGUACUCCACUGAAGAUAUCCAGAAGUGUGGUUUCACCAAAACUGCGACACAUCAAGAUCACUCGAGAACCACACUGGGUGACCAACAACCUGGCGAUAUAGCUAUAAUUAAAAAUAAAUCAGAGCCUUCCUUUACCUCUCCUAGGAUAUUGAAUGCAUUUCUCCAAUCAAGUAGUUUUUCUGGUACAAAUAAUUUGCCGUUGAAUUUGCCCCCCGAACCAGAAGAUGGUAAUAUUGAGUACAAGCUGAAAUUAAUAAGCCCUACUCCUGAUCGGUUGGAACACCUUGUGACACAAAUGAAGUGGCGUCUUAAUGAGGGUGGCGGCCAGGCGAUCUAUCGACUUGGUGUAGAUGAUAAUGGAGCCGUGACGGGAUUGACUGCUAAGGAGAUGUCUGCUUCUCUACUCACCUUGUACAAAAUGUCGCAGAGGCUGGGAGUUCACAUUCGAAUUCUGCGGGAGUGCACAAUAUCCAAUUUCUCCGACUCAUCUGAUCUUCAACACAGUCUAGCUGAUGCCAGGCCCUCAUUUAAUCCUCAAAGAAAGGCGAUCGAACUGCAUGCAAAGUGGAAACUAUUAAUUAACCAGGGUAUUCCCGAUCUGCGUGUUGCUAUGCUGGGCAGCGUAGAUGUCGGGAAGUCUACCCUCCUUGGUGUUCUCACAGAUGGCGAAAUGGAUGACGGUAGAGGCAGGGCUCGUCUCAAUCUUUUUCGUCAUCUUCACGAGGUUCAGUCUGGUCGCACAAGCAGUCUCAGUUCAGAAUUAAUCGGAUUUGAUGCUGCCGGUCAUUUAAUUAAUCGUCGCCGUUCCCAAGGGCAGCUAAACAAACGCACCGUUGAUGAAGUGAUUCGCGACUCCAAUCGCCUGAUUACCUUCCUUGACUUGGCGGGUCACAGCAAGUACCAGCGAACCACUCUUUCUGGCCUUACCACCUUCCAACCGACCUUCUGCAUCCUCGUGGUGUCUGCCACCACCGGUCUGACUGCGGAUGGUCUCCGCCACGCCCGCACCUCCGCGGCCCUUGGUCUGCCCCUCGUUGUGGUCUUCUCCAAGGUAGACCUUACCUCAGAGGGACUGGCAGCUUUCCUGCAGUCCAAGGUCUCCGUUGCCUCUGCUGCACGUUUCAUCACCACUGAUGCCAGCGCCGGCGGUGUUGUGGACCCGUGCCCGAUCCUCGCUGACAUUCGAAGAAGUGUGCUACAGGAGCUCAGAACCAUCAAAUUUUACAGUAGUGAUGGUGGUGAAGAGGGAAGCCUCACAACUUCCGAGUGUUUCGUCGAAGAUCCGCCAGUUUUCGCAGUGUCUAGUGUCUCCGGUUACGGAGUGGGCAAUCUUCUGAAUUUCCUUGCCGAGGUGUCCUCCAAGGCACAGUAUGAGGGCAUAAUAGCACCAAAACUGGCGGUUAGGGCAGAGCUUCACUGCGCGCAGUCAAUGUGCAACCUAGUUGAGUGCUGGGUGACCAAGGUGUUCAGCAGCGUGCCGGGCGUGGACAGUCCCAUCCUGGAAGUGCUGGUCAAAAUGGGUCAGGUGCACGAAGAUCAACGGCUCUGGCUUGGCCCUGAUGAGGAGGGCCUCUUUCAUCAGAUUCGUGUGAUAGAACUGCGCCAUAAUCGGCACCCACAUCACGUUCUCUACAAAGAUCAGCUGGGCUCCCUUCUGGCUGUUCCUGAGACCCCAGAUGGGACUUACUUCCCCUUACCCCGUAAGGGCAUGGUCAUGGUGAGCGCAGAACCCACCGUCGGCUGUAGCGUCGCGGAUCCCUCAAUCGGUGUUUGUUGGUCGUUCUGUAUCUCCAAUCUAAUCUGGCUGGCCCCUAGCACUGGUGGUACCUGCCUGCAGCGCAAUUCCACAGUUGGAGUCCAUGCCGGCAAUGUCCUACAGUAUGCUCGUGUACUUGAAACCACUUUCUCCUGCGACCAACUGACUCGCGCCAUCGACUGCCUUGGGGUUGAUUCAAAUUCUGUGAUUCUGCGACUGGAUUCAUCGCAUAAAGUAGUCGUCAGCUUUAUCCGACAACCCGAGUUUCUUGAAUUGGGUCGUCAAGUGGUCAUUUCAGUUAACAACGUGGCUAGGGCCGUAGGCACAGUAGCUGCCUUCAAGCGCAUCAUCACCGCUUUCUCCAACCCUCCACCACAAUCAUUUCGGUCUCCUUCCCCGACAGUCUCUGAGUCCACUUUUUCUACCACCGCUGCCGCUGCUUCGUCGUCAUCGCCAUGGCACACUGUGUCCAACUCUCCCUCCGAUUCCUCCUACGAGGCCCUUCUCAGCCAAAUUGGCAUCGAUCCCCAGGGCUCCCACACCAACUUUAUCGAUGAGCCUCCAAUUCCUCCAGAGCUGGAAGCUUUUGAGAACCUCUCUAGCCUCACCCAGCGCAACAAGCGACGCCAACGCAACGCUAAACGGCGACGGAAGGCGGCAGCACGUCUUGCACUGAUGGCGGCAUCUGCAUCGGAGGUGACUUCAUCUACAAGCACUUGGAAUAGCAACUCCAAUGGAUCUGUGUCUCUCUUGAUGGAACAGGGUGAAAAGGAAAUGAAAAGUGAAGAGGUCAAGAUGGAUACCUCUCAAGGACUGAUUAAUUUCGCCACCAUCGCCAAUGCUUCCACUUGUAACGCACCUUCCCAGCGCAGCCGAAAACGAAAACGCAGACAUAAACGUUAA